AUGAAUUUUUUUCGAUCAAAAAAGACCUCAAAUAAAAAUUUGGAGAAAGGAUUUCUUUUGAAGGAAGAAUCUUAUCAGCAAAAUAUCUGCGAUGAUGAGCGCCUUUUAAAGCUUUUCGAUGAGCUAUAUGGAUCAAUUUCAUAUAAAAUUUUGAAACACUUCCGGCAAACUAUUAGUGGCGCAUUUUUAACUCUCAUCGUUAUGAUUUUCGUCGGCUGUGGCAUGUUAUAUGGUGGAUAUCUUCUGGAAAUCGGUAUUUUACGGAGGCAGGGCGACAUUUUUAUCGUUGUUUUAUCGAUGGUACUCAUAUCGAAUUCUUUCAUAAAUUUAGUGCCUCAGUACAGAUCAAUAAUCUCUGCUGUUUCUCUUGCUGAAUGUAUUUGUGACACGGAAGCAUUUGUCGAAAAUAAUAAAAUAAAUGAAAAUAGAUUGAAAUCAAAGCUGGAAAUCGAAAGUGGUACUCAACAGAUGGUUAUUAUUCAAACAAUAUUUGAUCGAAAAGUAGGAAAGGAAGAAUGGCUAUCAACGCAGUUUUUCAGGCGAACUAAUCAAAUCCUCAGGACUCAUAAGAAUGGCCGACUUCUUUUGAUACUUGGCCUGUUUACAACGAUAAUUCAUGGCUUUGAAUCGCCAACAUAUAAUGUUACUAUGGGUAAAAUCUUCGAGGCAAUGCUAGAGCCACGCGUUCGUAUGAUGGAUAAAUUAGCAAAUGGAGCCAUUGCUUUUGUUACUUUUGGCAUUAUCGCUUUCUCUGCAAAAAUUUUAACGAUGUUUUUGAUGACAACUGUAGCUAAGCAUUUGGCCAUAACCAUUCAUAUAAAUCUGAUUCGUGUUCACUUUGGAUCAAAUCUGAUUACUCUAUGCAAAAAUGAAAUCAAUGCAUUGGUUCUACAAGAAGAUAAUUUGUCCGACUGUAUAAUAUCGCAUAUUUUAGAUAUUUUAAUAAAUGAAAGUCUUAAAGUCUUAACGCGUGAAAAUGAUCAAUGA